UGUACACGUUGGUGCAGAGUUACCUGUACACGUCGGUGCAGAGUUACCUGUACACGUCGGUGUAGAGUUACCUGUACACGUCGGUGCAGAGUUACCUGUACACGUCGGUGCAGAGUUACCUGUACACGUCGGUGCAGAGUUACCUGUACACGUCGGUGCAGAGUUACCUGUACACGUCGGUACAUAGUUACCUGUACACGUCGGUACAGAGUUACCUGUACACGGCGGUACAGAGUUACCUGUACACGGCGGCGUAGAGUUACCUGUACACGUCGGCGUAGAGUUACCUGUACACGUCGGUGUAGAGUUACCUGUACACGUCGGUACAGAGUUACCGGUACACGUCGGUACAGAGUUACCGGUACACGUCGGUACAGUUACCUGUACACGUCGGUACAGAGUUAUCUGUACACGUCGGUACAGAGUUACCUGUACACGUCGGUGUAGAGUUACCUGUACACGUCGGUGUAGAGUUACCUGUACACAUCGGUACAGAGUUACCUGUACAUGGCGGUACAGAGUUACCUGUAUAUGGCGGUAUAGAGUUACCUGUACACGUCGGUAUAGAGUUACUGAUGUGAAAGUACCCUCAUCACAGACAUAUUACCUGUUUUGGUUGAUUGUUUUUUUUUUUAUUUAGAUUGUUAGGAAGCUAUAAUACAGAAAAAUAUCUGUCAAUUAUAUGUCAAGUUUGAGUAACAAAUUACAAUCUAUUCCUGAUAUACAAUAUAGGUACAUCAGUCAGACUUAAUACACAGAGACAAGAAUUCCAGAUCUGCUGUACAUUAUGUUAUUAAAUAUAAUGUUAUACUCUAUGUGUUCAAAUCCUGUAGUGUUCACAUUGAAUGUGAUUCAAUGAAAUCCAGCUUCUGAAGAAAAAAUAGUCACACAAACAUUGAAGACUUUGUGUAUUGAAUAUUUUUUCAAACAUAACUGGAUUGUUUUAGUAUUAAAUUCUGUACUAAUUUUAGCUGGCCGUCCAGAUGUUCAGUAAAUUGUUCUCAUUUUAGAGAUUUCUCAUUUGCCCAUACCUGGUUAAAGCAACCUGUCUGAUUCUACCAUUUUACUUGAAAUCUAAGGAAAAGUUGAUCAUACAUAAUAACAGGUAUUAAUAAAUUGUAUUUCUUAAAAUUUCAUUUUAAAUUCUUUAUCCAUAAUACAUUUUGAAUCGAGAAUAUAACAGCAUGUAUCGAGGGUAUAAAGGAUAUUUGUCCAUUUUAUAUUAAAGUGUGAUCACUGUCAAUUAGGUAGUCAUACAUAGUAUUAAUGGCACGAUGGAGUGAAGUUUAGGUAAUCCAGGCAUAGUAUUAAUGGUUAAGAUGUAUAUGGUGUAUCUUUGGUGUAUCUAUGUAGUAUCCAUGGUGUAUCUAAUCUAUAGAAUAUCCAUAGUGUAUCUAUAGAGUAUCCAUAGUGUAUCUAUAGAGUAUCCAUGGUGUAUCUUAUCUAUAGAAUAUCCAUAGUGUAUCUAUAGAGUAUCCAUGGUGUAUCUAGUCUAUAGAAUAUCCAUAGUGUAUCUAUAGAGUAUCCAUAGUGUAUCUAUAGAGUAUCCAUGGUGUAUCUAUAGAAUAUCCAUAGUGUAUCUAUAGAGUAUCCAUGGUGUAUCUAUAGAAUAUCCAUAGUGUAUCUAUAGAGUAUCCAUGGUGUAUCUUAAUAGUAUCCAUGAUAGAGAUGGUGUUUCUGAAGAUUACCAGAUGGUCAGAUCAAUUGUUUCAAAUCGAAAGUAAUAGUGUACCAAAAUGAGUAUCUAUUGUACCAAAUGGUGUAUAUACAGAAUACAGUGUAUCCAUGGUGUACCAAAGGAGUAUCUAUGGUGUACCAAAGGAGUAUCAAUGGUACCAAACCGUGUAUAUACAGAAUACAGUGUAUCCAUGGUACCAAAUGGUUUAUAUACAGAAUACAGUGUAUCCAUGGUACCAAAUGGUUUAUAUACAGAAUACAGUGUAUCCAUGGUACCAAAUGGUUUAUAUACAGAAUACAGUGUAUCCAUAGUGUACCAAAGGAGUAUCAAUGGUACCAAACCGUGUAUAUACAAAAUACAGUGUAUCCAUGGUGUACCAAAGGAGUAUCUAUGGUACCAAACCGUGUAUAUACCGAAUACAGUGUAUCCAUGGUGUACCAAAGGAGUAUCUAUGGUGUACCAAAGGAGUAUCCAUGGUGUACCAAAGGAGUAUCAAUGGUACCAAACCAUGUAUAUACAGAAUACAGUGUAUCCAUGGUGUACCAAAGGAGUAUCUAUGGUGUACCAAAGGAGUAUCCAUGGUGUAUCUAUAGAUUAUCAGUGGUGUAUCUUAAUAGUAUCCAUGAUAGAGAUGGUGUUUCUGAAGAUUACCAGAUGGUCAGAUCAAUUGUUUCAAAUCGAAAGUAAUAGUGUACCAAAAUGAGUAUCUAUUGUACCAAAUGGUGUAUAUACAGAAUACAGUGUAUCCAUGGUGUACCAAAGGAGUAUCUAUGGUGUACCAAAGGAGUAUCCAUGGUGUACCAAAGGAGUAUCAAUGGUACCAAACCAUGUAUAUACAGAAUACAGUGUAUCCAUGGUGUACCAAAGGAGUAUCUAUGGUGUACCAAAGGAGUAUCCAUGGUGUAUCAAAGCAGUAUCUAUGGUACCAAAUGGUGUAUAUACAGAAUACAGUGUAUCCAUGGUGUACCAAAGGAGUAUCUAUGGUACCAAACCGUGUAUAUACAGAAUACAGUGUAUCCAUGGUGUACCAAAGGAGUAUCUAUGGUGUACCAAAGGAGAAUCCAUGGUGUACCAAAGGAGUAUCAAUGGUACCAAACCAUGUAUAUACAGAAUACAGUGUAUCCAUGGUGUACCAAAGGAGUAUCUAUGGUGUACCAAAGGAGUAUCCAUGGUGUAUCAAAGCAGUAUCUAUGGUACCAAAUGGUGUAUAUACAGAAUACAGUGUAUCCAUGGUGUACCAAAGGAGUAUCCAUGGUGUACCAAAGGAGUAUCUAUGGUACCAAAUGGUGUAUAUACAGAGUACAGUGUAUCCAUGGUGUACCAAAGGAGUAGCUAUGGUACCAAACCGUGUAUAUACAGAAUACAGUGCAUCCAUGGUGUACCAAAGGAGUAUCUAUGGUGUACCAAAGGAGUAUCCAUGGUGUACCAAAGGAGUAUCAAUGGUACCAAACCAUGUAUAUACAGAAUACAGUGUAUCCAUGGUGUACCAAAGGAGUAUCUAUGGUGUACCAAAGGAGUAUCCAUGGUGUAUCAAAGCAGUAUCUAUGGUACCAAACCGUGUAUAUACAGAAUACAGUGUAUCCAUGGUGUACCAAAGGAGUAUCCAUAGUGUACCAAAGGAGUAUCCAUGGUACCAAAUGGUGUAUAUACAGAAUACAGUAUCCAUGGUGUACCAAAGGAGUAUCCAUGGUACCAAAUGGUGUAUAUACAGAGUACAGUGUAUCCAUGGUGUACCAAAGGAGUAUCCAUGGUACCAAAUGGUGUAUAUACAGAAUACAGUAUCCAUGGUGUACCAAAGGAGUAUCUAUUGUGUACCAAAGGAGUAUCCAUGGUGUACCAAAGGAGUAUCUAUGGUACCAAAUGGUGUAUAUACAGAAUACAGUGUAUCCGUGGUGUACCAAAGGAGUAUCCAUGGUGUACCAAAGGAGUAUCUAUGGUACCAAACAGUGUUUAUUCAGAGUAUAAUGUAUCCAUGGUGUACCAAAGGAGUAUCUAUGGUACCAAACAGUGUUUAUUCAGAAUACUGUGUAUCCAUGGUGUACCAAAGGAGUAUCUAUGGUACCAAACAGUGUUUAUUCAGAAUACUGUGUAUCCGUGGUGUACCAAAGGAGUAUCCAUGGUGUACCAAAGGAGUAUCUAUGGUACCACACAGUGUUUAUUCAGAGUAUAAUGUAUCCAUUAAUGUAUACAGUGUUACAGUACCUUUUUUCCCCUCCUGUAACAGACCAGUUCUCUCUAAUAUCUGCAAAUUUGUCAUUGUAAGUUGUACAUUGUUACAUUUUGUUCUUUUUGCUCUUUAAAAAGAGAAAGAACAAGACACUAUCUAUGGUUAUGACAAAUUUUGUAUGUUUUACAAUUUUUCCAUAUAAAAUCCCCAACAUUA